AUGACUGCCUUUCUUGUGGGACGCACGAUCUGCGGUCUUGGAGGGUCCGGAAUGUAUACAGGGGUGAUGAUGAUGCUCAGCUUCCUCACAACACCCGAGGAACGCCCUGCAUAUCUGGGAUUGACCGGACUCACAUGGGGCCUAGGGACAGUACUCGGCCCAAUUAUCGGCGGCGCGUUCGCACUGAAUGUAAGCUGGAGAUGGGCGCUGUACAUUAAUUUGAUAUUUGGCGCGGUCGCUGCCCCGGUAUAUUUUCUUAUGAUUCCGGAAUUGCAAACCGCGAAAGGAUCGAUCAUCUCCCGGUGGAAGAAGGUCGACUUUCUAGGGACAAUCUUGAUUGUCGGUAUGCUCAUCUCAUGUCUCAUGGCAAUCAACUUUGGAGGAAUCCUAUAUCCCUGGGAUAGCGGUCAAAUCAUCGCGCUCUUCGUUGUAGCUGGAGUUCUGGCAGUCGUCUUUGGUGUUCAACAAGCCUUGUGCAUCGGAACCAGCACUGAGUAUCGAUCCUUCCCAGUCCAAUUCUUGCGUAACCCGCAAGUCCUGCUAAUAUUUGCGGCGGAAAUCUGUGCAAUAACACUCACCUUCAUACCAAUAUAUUUCCUGCCGCUGUUUUUCCAGCUUGUCCAGACUGAUACCGCUCUCCAGUCGGGAAUCAAGUGUUUCCCCUUGGUCAUAUUCCUGGUAGUCACUAUCGUCGGUAAUGGCAUGGUUACGGCACGUUACCCUUGGUUUCAGCCUUGGUUCCUUGUGGGUUCCAUAUUCGGUCUGACAGGCGCCGUGCUUCUGUAUUGCACGGAUGAAACAACCAGUGAUGCACGGAUCUACGGCUACUCGGUCCUCAUCGGCUUCGGUGCAGGUUGUUUCGUGACAUUAUGUUUUGCCACCGCACAAACCCAAGUGAAAAUAGCGGAGAUUCCACAUGCCGUGGCUUUCAUGGCCUUUGCGCAACAGGGUGGUGCCGCACUCACCUUGGCCGUUUCCAAUAGCGUGUUUUUGAACGUCGCGAUCCGGAAAAUCAGCGAAAUUUUACCAGAUGAGCCACGGUCCGGUAUUCAGAGAAUUCUAUCUGGGCUAGGUUCGGAUAUUCUUUCGUCCCUUAGCAAGACUGACAGAUAUCGAGUCUCUCAGGCUGUUGCUGCUAGCCUCAGCAAUGCAUACAUUGUAACCAUUAUCUGCGGUGCUCUUGCAGUUAUCCUUUCAUUGUUUAUUGUAAGAGACAGGGAUUGGGAGAAACAAGCAAGACUCGCGGUUGGAAAAGUGCUCGGCCGACCAAAAGAAACCGAUCGAGAGGAAGAGCUGGGUAUACACAAAUGA